UCAAACUAGUAAACAACUACGCCGAAAGAUGUCACCACCGACAACCUCUGAUCAUAUGUACAUCGUGCUGCCAAUACAAUUCAACACACCCAUCGUCAUCAUCAUUAAACAACAAUACUUGCAAUCAAUCCAUCAAACAAAAACACACACUUUCACCUUUUACACACACAGUUAACCAUUUUUCCGCCACUUGCAAUCAAAAAGCAAGAAGUUUUUCAAUAAGUCAACCCUUUUGACUUUCGUUUCUUGCAUACCCAUAUGGUGGAUAUGAGAAGAUUACACAAAAAUCCAAGUGAUCCACCCAACAUUCCGGAUCUUGAAAACGACGUCGUAGCUCAUGAUCAACCCAACAAAUUUGGGGUGAAUCCUUUGAAAUUAAUGGGGGGUUUUAUUGUUUGCUUGAUGGGUCUUUCUGUUUUGUUUUCAAUUUCUGUCAUUUUCAAGGAUUUUUCACCAAACAGUGAUAGUAACAUAUGGAAUGUUGCUGAUGCUACUAGGGUUCUUGAUAUGGCCCCUCCCAGAGAUUUAGGUCAAGAAGAUGAUCCAUUAGCAUCAUUUGUGAAGCACAAAAAGAAGCUACAUUCUUCAGGUUUUGAACAUGAUGACAAGCUACUUAAUGGCCUACUUUCUAGUCUAUUUGAUGAAGAUUCUUGCCUCAGUAGGUACCAAGUAGCAUCAUACCGCAAAGAAUCACCCUUAAAACCUUCUCCUUACCUCAUUUCUAGGUUAAGGAGAUAUGAAGUGCUUCACAAACGUUGUGGACCCUACACAGAGUCGUACAACCGAACUGUAGCAAAACUAAGGUCCGGUGAGCUCACUAAAGAUGACGACUGUAACUAUCUGGUUUGGGUAUCCUUCAGUGGCCUUGGGAACCGAAUUUUGACUUUGGGGUCAGCGUUUCUCUAUGCACUCUUAACAGAUCGUGUCUUGCUUGUUGAUCGUGGAGUUGACUUAGAUGAUCUCUUCUGCGAACCUUUUCCAGAAGCUUCCUGGUUACUUCCUCUCGAUUUUCCAAUAAUUGAUCAAUUCAAGAGCUUGAAUCAGAAAUCCCCAGAGUGUUUUGGUAAUAUGUUAAAGACGUCGAACAAUUCAUCGUCAUCAUCAUCAUCACCAUAUGUUUAUCUUCAUCUGGUCCAUGAUUAUGAUGAUCAUGAUAAGCUUUUCUUUUGUGAUCAAGAUCAAAGCUUUCUUCAAAAUGUACCGUGGGUGAUCAUGAAAUCCGAUAAUUACUUCAUUCCAUCUCUUUUUUUAAUGCCAUCUUUUGAACAAGAACUCCAUAACCUGUUCCCCAACAAGGAAACGGUUUUCCAUUUCUUAGGCAGGUAUUUAUUCUUCCCCACGAAUCCCAUUUGGGGGCUUAUAUCGAGGUACUAUAAUUCUUAUUUAGCACAAGCAGAUGAAAGAAUAGGUAUCCAGGUCAGAGUUUUUGAUACACGGGUUGGCCCGUUUCAGUAUGUACUAGAUCAAAUUCUCGCGUGUUCUUUAGACAACAAUUUACUUCCGGAAAUCAGCACGAAUGAAUCUUUCAUCACCUCACCUGAGAAUCAAAAAUCAAAAGCUGUUCUUUUGACUUCUCUAAGCUCAGGUUAUUUCGAAAAAAUAAGAGAUAUGUACUGGGAACAUGCAACAGUGACGGGGGAAGUGAUUCAAGUUUCUCAACCGAGCCACGAAGGGUAUCAACAAACUGAAAAGAAGAUGCAUCACAGGAAAGCAUGGGCAGAAAUGUACUUACUGAGUUUGACCGAUAAGCUAAUCACUAGUUCAUGGUCAACAUUCGGUUAUGUGGCUCAAAGUCUUGGAGGUUUGAACCCAUGGAUCUUGUACAAACCUGAAAAUGAAACAACCCCGAAUCCGGCCUGCACCCGUGCUAUGUCAAUUGAGCCUUGUUUCCAUGCUCCACCCUUUUUCGAUUGCAAAAAGAGAACCGGGAUUGAUACUGGUGCAGUAGUCCCCCAUAUCCGACACUGUGAAGACAUGAACUGGGGUCUGAAACUAGUUAAUCCAAUUGCUGAAAGCAUUGCUUAGGGCCACCUUUUUUGUAGUUUUUUUUCCCACAGAUCUUUGUUGAUGUAUGUUUUAGUGGUUAUGAGAAUACAUUCACGGUUUGCUGAUUUAA